UGCACUGAGCGUGCGCGUGACGGCGCUGCGCGUUUGACAGCAGCAGGAGCGCUCGAGGAGAAAGAGAAGCUGCGGCGCGCGCCCACUACACACCAAACCUACAUCAAUCCCAUGAAACCGGACGGGUCGAGGAUUCAUCGCUGCAGUCGUGUCCUCACCAUUCUGUUGUCGUCUGGUUGGAACGAGAGGAUCCACUCUUUAUACAGUCUAAACGGAGUCGCUGGCUAGUCUUGGAUGCCCCUAUACUGUAUGUUUGAAUGGUCACAUUGAGUGCGAAUCACAAGGCCCAGUUGCUUUGACCUGGAGGGGAAGGAUUUUCAUGUAAUGCACCCUGCCAUGGAUAGGAAGAGGAGUUGCAUGCUCUGCGAAGGAGCUGUUAUGCUGCUGCUGCUGCUGCUGGGUCACAUGACCACUGGAUUAGAAGUGCCUCUAGAUCCUAAAGUUCUGGAGGGAUUGCCUCAGCCUCCCACAAUAACUCAUCAGUCCCCCAAGGAUUACAUCAUCGACCCUCGGGAGAACAUCAUUAUCCACUGCGAAGCGAAAGGAAAGCCUCAUCCCAGCUUUUCAUGGACACGUAACGGCACUCAUUUCGAUGUGGAAAAGGAUUCGAAAGUUAUUAUGAAGCCCAGCUCAGGCACUCUGGUCAUUGACAUCAGCGGAGAGAAGGCCGAGGCGUACGAGGGCGUGUAUCAGUGCAUCGCCCGCAACGAGCAUGGCUCUGCCGUGUCCAAUGACAUCGUCAUCCGUCAGUCAAGGUCCCCCUUGUGGUCAAAAGAGAAAAAUGAACCAAUCAUUGUACAGAGGGGAAUGUCUUUAGUACUGCAGUGCAGACCCCCAGCUGGCCUGCCUCCUCCAAUCAUCUUCUGGAUGGAUAACAAUUUCCAAAGACUUCCCCAAAACAGUCGUGUGUCCCAGGCUUUAAACGGAGACCUAUAUUUCUCCAAUGUGCUCAUGGAAGACUCCAGAAAUGACUACAUCUGCUAUGCCCGCUUCCCACACACUCAGACUAUCCAACAGAAACAGCCUAUCACAGUCAACGUGCUGGACAUUGAAGCUAUGAAUGACACUGUGUUGGCAGCUUUUUUGAAUGGCUCAGAUUUUUGGGGUGACACUCCGUCUGGGGAGAGAGCGCCCACUUUCAUGCACCCACCAGGAGCGCACAGUACCGCCAUGGUCCUGAAAGGAGACACGCUGGAGCUGGAAUGCCUCGCUGAUGGCCUUCCAACGCCAGACAUCUCCUGGACUAAGGUGGUCGGGGACCUGCCAAGCAGUCGUUUUUCAUUUCACAGUUUCCAGAAAACUCUGAAGAUAACUGAGGUGACAGAAGCGGAUGGGGGAGAUUAUCGCUGUUUAGCCAAGAAUCGCCUGGGAAGCAACCAUCACACCAUCACUGUAGUGGUCAGAGCGGCUCCUUUUUGGAUCAGUGCCCCUCAGAACCUCAUCCUGGCCCCGAAAGAAAACGGAAUGCUCACCUGCCGGGUGGGUGGCAACCCUCAACCCAAGGUCACAUGGUCUGUCAACGGAAUUCCCAUUGAAAACUCACAUAAGGACCCCAGUCGGAAAAUCAAAGAUGACGAAAUCAUCCUCAGUGAUGUUCAGACAGGCUCAAGUGCUGUUUACCAGUGCAACGCCUCCAAUGAGUACGGUUACCUACUGGCCAAUGCCUUUGUCAGUGUCCUGGCUGAACCUCCAAGGGUGCUGACUCCUCCAAAUCAUGUGUACUCAGUCAUCACUAACAGAAGGGCUCUAUUAGACUGUGCUUCGUUUGGCUCGCCCCUCCCAAAGAUCACAUGGUUUAAAGACAGUCAGAGCAUACUGGAUGGCGACUCGUACAUCAUUCAUAAAAACGGUACCUUAGAGAUCAGUGUGGCUCAGUCACUAAACGGCGGCAAAUACACCUGCAUGGCCUCAAACAAUCUUGGAAACAAAGAGAAUCACAUUUACCUGGAAGUGAAAGAGCCUACACAGAUCCUCAAACAGCCUGGGUAUAAAGUUGUCCAAAGAAACAGCAUGGCUGUGUUUGAGUGUAAGGUCAAACAUGACCCCACUCUCUUUCCCUCCAUGAUAUGGCUUAAAGACAACAAAGAGCUUCCUGACGAUUCUCGAUUUGAGGUGGGCUCUGAUAGUCUGACUAUACGUGACGUGACAGAGGAGGAUGAGGGCACCUACACCUGCAUCAGAAACACCACCUUGGACCAAGAUUCAGCCAGAGCCACACUCACAGUUGUCGAGGCCACACCAACACCAUCUAUAGUACUGGAGAAACCGGACCCGCCCACAGACCUGGAGCUGACGGACCAGCGAGAGCGCAGUGUUCGGCUUACAUGGACCCCUGGCGAUGAACACAAUAGCCCUAUUAAAUUGUUCCUGAUCCAAUAUGAAGAUUCGCUCCACAAGCCUGGAGUAUGGCACAAUAUGACCAGCGUCCCUGGAACCAUCACCACAGCCCAACUGGAUCUGUCCCCAUAUGUUUAUUACUCUUUCAGGGUUCUGGCACUCAAUGGCGUGAAUCUGAGUGAACCCAGCGCGCCGUCCAGUCAGUACCGGACCAACCCUGCACAGCCUGACAUGAAUCCAUCAGACGUUGAAGUCAUUGGAACGUCACCUGACAGUAUGACAAUAACUUGGACGGAGCUGACCGGGCUGGAGUCGAACGGUCCAGGCCUAAAAUACAAGGUUAGCUGGAGUAUGAAAGAUGCGGAUCGCUGGACUUCAUUCGAUCUGGCCAAUGUCUCGCAAUACAUAGUGACAGGAACGCCCACUUUUGCACUCUAUGAAGUCACCGUACAGGCGGUCAAUGACUACGGGUCUGGCCCCAGCCCAGAGGUGGUGCUUGGAUACUCAGGAGAGGACUCACCAACUGUGGCCCCAGAGAAUGUACAAGUUUCAGUUCAGAAUGGGACAGUUGCUGAAGUUCGCUGGGACGCUGUUCCUCUUUCAACAGUCCAAGGUCGACUGAAGGGGUAUAAGGUGAGUUAUUGGAAGAUGAGAAGCUUACAUAAGCAAGACUUUGAGCAUGAAAGGCCACAGGUGCUCAUCUUCAACGGGAACGAGACAGAGGUUCGUCUGCCCGGCCUUAAUCCAUACAGCCAGUACGCCCUCAACAUUAGAGCCUUCAAUGGGAAAGGAGACGGACCCACCAGCUCCGAACAGCAAUUUGAAACACCAGAGGGAGUUCCCGGGCCUCCUAAACAUUUAAAAGUCCAAAAUCUGAACCUGGACUCACUGAUUGUGGAAUGGGCACCACCUCUGGAAGAUAACGGCCACCUGACUGGAUACUUGCUCAAAUACCAGUCUAUCAAUACGACUGAUGAACUUGGGCCUCUCAACGAGUUGCUUCUACUAGCAAACGAGACCAGCAUCACUCUGGACAACCUCAAGUACAGCACGCGCUACAAGUUCUAUCUGAAUGCCAUGACUGUCAAGGGCUCUGGCCCCACUGUCACAGAAGAGGCUGUCACGAUCAUGGACGAAGCGUUAAUUCGGCAUCCCGCAGUAAAGGCGGGUAAAGGAUCAGCCCCCCCUUCUCCACCACCAACCCCCUCUGUCACUCAAUCUUUGCAGCCCCCGUUUCACAAGGUGCCACCUGCUGCUCGGAUGUUUGGGAGCGUGAACUCCUCGGUGGAGGAGGGCCAUGCUGUAAUAAGCUGGGAAAACUCUUUGCCGGAUAGAAAUGUUUAUGUGGAAUAUGUUGUUGCUAACAGUAAUGAACCCUGGAAAACAGAGUUUGUAAAUGGCACUCGGACAUAUCAGAUUAGAGGACUAAAGGCGGGGAUGUCUUAUAGUGUUCGCUUGGUAGCCAAAGACCACUCAGACGCAACGGUCCACAGUACAGAGGCUCUGGUGAUUACAGUUCCAGCCAUGACCAGCAAGCAGGUUGACAUUGCCACGCAGGGCUGGUUUAUCGGGCUGAUGUGUGCCAUUGCUUUACUGAUCCUGGUGCUCCUCAUCGUUUGCUUCAUAAAGAGGAACAAAGGAGGCAAAUAUCCGGUGAAAGAAAAAGAAGAUGCACAUCAAGACCCAGAGAUCCAGCCCAUGAAAGAGGAUGAUGGGACAUUUGGGGAGUAUAGUGAUACGGAGGAUCACAAGCCCCUGAAGGGCAGCCGGACCCCAUCCAAUGGCACGGUCAAGAAGGACGACAGUGACGACAGCCUGGUAGAUUACGGCGAGGGAGGAGACGGUCAGUUCAACGAGGACGGCUCAUUCAUCGGACAGUACAGCGGGAAGAAGGAAAAAGACACGGCGGAGGGCAACGAGAGUUCGGAGGCUCCUUCCCCGGUCAAUGCCAUGAACUCCUUUGUGUGACUACCUGGAUAUGCCUCGUGACCUUUGACCCAUGCAAAGCCCCUCCCCCUUGUCACACCAUCUUAUGGAGAACAUUCUCUAUUGCACUGUGACCCCCUGACAUCACACAGAAAAAGAAAUAAAACUCCCCUAAUGUAAGACAGUGAGAAAUUAUGCUAAAUGCAAGCAGAGGGCCAGUCCUAGCUUCACAGCGAUUGGUCAGAGUGAACAUCACAUGACUUUAAGACGUAAUAAGCAUAUUAUCUUAUGGCAAGCAUACAUAUAUAUAUUAAUAUAUGUGUAUAGGAAUAUAUAAAUUGACAUAUAUAUAAGAAACUAUUUUAUUAACAAGGCCCUAUUUACUGUCAGAUGGCAUUAUAUCACACCAUCUUGUACCCUGGACACGCAUGGAAUCAGCUAUUGACAUCAUUAGCAUUAAGGUGUGGUCACAUUUACUGUUGUUCACUGAAUUUUCACAGGUGAAAACCAGUCAUUUCACUAGGAAUUUGGGAAUUUUGCGCAAGGGAGGAGGAUUUCGCCACAUGCCACUAACAAUAUUCAAUGGACCUUUUUGCAUGUGAAAUUUCGCCAAAAUUUCGCUAAUGUGACCGCACCUUUAGCCAGCUUUGUGGAGACAGUGAACCUCGUCUGACUGUAUUGAUACCACUUUUGCUUCACAGCUAAUGCCUGUUACGUUCUGUCGUCAGUGUUAAAAUCGGUAUAAUGCACAUUUCAGGCACCAAUGUCUUUGUGGGCAUUGUUGUGAAGUAUGUAAUACGUGUAAAAGCUGUUCUUAGGCGUCUUUUUGGCAGACAGAUGUUUCGAAUAAACGAAAAAAUCACAGAAUUUAAAAACUGG